AUGUGUAUAUAUUAUGUGUUGGUAGUAGUUGCGAUCGGAUGUGUUCAAGCAAAACCGAAGCUAAACCCUGUGUUCAAUCCAGUAUUUGAGCCAGGGUAUGAAUAUUAUAACGAUCGCCCUCAAUACGCAUUCAACUAUGGCGUGGCGGAUCAUUCGACUGGCGACAUUAAGUCACAACACGAAACUAGAGACGGCGAGGUAGUUAAAGGACAAUAUUCUCUAGUAGAGCCCGAUGGUUCCAUACGAACAGUUGAUUACACAGCUGAUCCAAUUCAUGGAUUCAAUGCAGUGGUUUCCAAAAUUGGACCUAGUGUACACCCUCAAGCGUAUCAACCAAUAAAACCUAUCGUACAGUACGUGGCAAAACCUGUGCCAGUGCCUGUACAAAUACCGCAGCAAAUUAUACAAAAACAAAUUGUACCACAGCAAAUAUACGCUUCGCCUUCACCUUUCUUAUAUCCGAAGUUUGGUGGUCAGUUUCCAGACUAUGACGGCUACGAAAUUGAUGGACCUUCAAAUCAUUUUUAUAAACGU